GUGUUAGUUCUGUUGCGCUCGCGGUCGAAGUUUGGUUACAUAACUUAACGCCGCGCGUCGUUGUGUAUAUAUACAUAGAGUAAACACGAACAAGUUUGUGAUUGUUAUGGUGCUGAGGUGAGAAAGCUGAGCAUCCUGGCCGCUCACAUGGCCCUGGGGCUGUGUUCCGGGAGCUCCGGGGCCCCCUCUGAUGCCUCGUCAUCCCCCGGAGUCGUGGCACCCGCUCCCUUGCUUCCUAGUCCUUUGUUCGCACUACCCACCCUGAAUUUCUCGGUAGGCCAAGUAGCUGCAGUUUGCGAAACCCUGGAAGAAUCAGGAGAUAUCGAACGCCUAGCUAGAUUCCUCUGGUCACUACCUGUAGCUCAUCCAAACGUCGCGGAGUUAAACAAAAGCGAAGCAGUACUCAGAGCCAGAGCGAUUGUCUCUUUCCACAGCGGAAACUUCCGAGAGUUAUACACCAUCCUGGAAUCGCACAAGUUCACCAAAGGUUCCCAUGGAAAACUGCAGGCUAUGUGGCUGGAAGCGCACUACCAGGAGGCCGAGAAGUUACGGGGGAGAGCGUUGGGACCGGUCGAUAAGUACAGGGUGCGUAAAAAGUUUCCGUUGCCGAGGACUAUAUGGGACGGUGAGCAGAAGACGCACUGUUUCAAGGAGAGGACCAGGUCGUUGUUGAGGGAGUGGUAUCUGCAGGAUCCGUACCCGAACCCGACGAAAAAACGGGAGUUGGCGCAGGCGACUGGAUUGACGCCCACGCAGGUUGGGAAUUGGUUCAAGAACAGGAGGCAGAGGGAUAGGGCGGCUGCAGCUAAGAAUAGAAUGCAACAGCAGCAGCUAGCGGCUCAACUGGCUCACCACGGUGGAGACAGGAGGCCACCCUUGAGUCCAGUCCCGUCGGACAGCGAUUCUGACAUUUCUUUGGGCGCCCAUUCGCCAGUAGGCUCACCCACGCCACUCCGAUUGGGACCUCAGAGUCCCAAUCCGAUGACGUCGUUCAGGUUUGGGCCUCAUAGUCCCGGACCUAUGCCUCCGCAGUUUAGGUUUGGGGGAGCGCAUACUCCUCCAAAUUAUAAACUGGAUAGACAAUCCAGUACACCACCUAGUUAUCGUCUGGAUAGAGGUAGCUCAAAACUUGAUGACUCUCCUCCAGGGGGAGCAGGUCAUUACUCCGACGUAGUCAAUUUAAGAUUAGGAGGAGGCGAUGAGAGUCCUAUUGACGUCGAUUCCAACGAUUAUGAGGUUAGGGAUAAACUAAGUGGCAACAGUCCCAUCCGGUUGGACCGCACUCCUCCACAAACAACCCUCCGACCUUCACCUCCGAUGAACCUCAGCGGAGUCUUGCGACCGUGUCCCCCACCUCCGGAACUGUCCAAAAUCGAAGCCCCUUUAGCACUACGUCCCCCCUUAACGACCCCCCUGCAAGUCCAGGUAGCUUCGCAGCAGUCCCGGAUGAUGGCGAAUCCAUCGCCUCACACUCACCUACUGGGACCCCACGGGGGGAUAGUCCGGAUAGCCCCCCCGAGUCCUCAAGGUGGGGGGCCUGUGCUGCACAGGCCUUAUUCGCCGUCCAGGCUAACGUGAUACGGGGGGACAAAUACUAAAGAGAUUUUCGUGUGAAUAGUUUAUUUAAUAGAACUGAGAAAAUUUUGGGGGGAAGACAGAUAAUUGUUGCAAUAUGUUUUUUAGGUUAUGUUUGAGUACGGUUUUCGUGUACAGUUCUCGCGCUUGGAUAAUGCAUAAUACAGGGUGUCCCAGAAAUAAGUGCAAGUAUUUUAGGGGGUGGUAGAUCUGGAUUUAAGAAAC